AUGUCCAACAGAUCAGCCGACGACGAUGGCCGCCCGAUGCGAACCGGUACGUGGGUGACGGCGAGCGCCCACAUAAUCACGGCGGUGAUUGGGUCAGGGGUUCUGUCCCUGGCUUGGGCAAUCGCCCAGCUGGGUUGGGUGGCCGGACCGGCGGUUCUCGUCAUCUUUUCUCUCAUCACCCUUUUCACCUCCACCCUGCUCGCCGACGCCUACCGCCACCCGGACCCGGUCACGGGCCAGCGCAACUACACCUACAUGGACGCGGUCCGGGCCCAUUUAGGUGGGCUCAGUGUCCGGUUUUGCGGCGUGGCCCAGUACGCGAACCUUGUCGGCGUCACCGUCGGUUACACCAUCACCGCGUCAAUCAGCAUGGCGUCGGUUCAGAGAUGGAGUUGUUUCCACGAGGGGGACAAGUGCCACGUGUCCACGACGCCGUACAUGAUCAUCUUUGGCAGCAUCCAGCUGAUCCUUUCCCAGGUGCCCAACUUCCACAAGCUGUCGUGGAUCUCCAUCCUGGCCGCCGUCAUGUCCUUCACGUAUUCCCUUAUUGGCUUGGGUCUCUCCGUAGCCAAACUUGACACCCUGAAAUCGAGCCCAGCGGAGAACAAAGCAAUGAAACGGGCAAGUUUGGUGGGCAUCUCAACGACAACCGUUUUCUACCUCCUCUGCGGCUGUGUGGGCUACGCGGCGUUUGGAAAAGACGCGCCGGGGGAUUUACUCUCCGGGUCCGGAUUCGAUCAUCCGGUGUGGCUCCUAAAUGUAGCCAACGUCUGCGUGGCUAUUCACCUCGUUGGCGCCUACCAAGUGUUUGCACAGCCGAUUUUCAGUUUCGUGGAGACGAGCUGUCGUCAAAGGUGGCCAGAGGACAAGUUCGUGACGACGGACCACCAGAUUAACAUUCCAAUUCUGGGUGGAACGAGCUUUCACGUCAACGGGUUCAGAGUGGUUUGGAGGUUUGCAUACGUGGCGGUGACCACAGUCUUGGUCACAUUAAUCCCGUUCUUCAACAUCUUUCUGGCACUUAUCGGGGCAGUUUCCUUUUGGCCGCUGACCGUAUACUUUCCGAUCGAGAUGUACAUUGCCCGAUCGAAAGUUCCCAAGUUCUCCUUCUCCUGGAUUGGCCUGCAAGCCUUGAGCCUGGUCUGUCUGCUAGUUUCACUCGUCGCAGCAGCGGGAUCGGUGGAGGGUCUGAUACAGUCUCUAAAAAUGUACCACCCUUUUAAGAAUGAAGUAUAA